AUGUCGACGAAAUUAGAGGUCGAGGAUGUUGAAAUUUUUGAAUGCCCGGCAAUUGAUCGGCUUGUUGAAUCAUCCAAAAUUUUGGAUAAUGGAGAGCUAGUCGAUGAAAAUAGUCGUCUUAGAUGGAUUCCUUAUUCCGAAUUUACUGAUAUCGAAACAAUCGAACAUCCUUCCGAACAAAUAAUCUAUAAUGCCCAACAUAAACUAGCAGGAAAGGAUACACAUUUGUCACUGAUAAAAUAUACCUUUACAAGCUCUGAUGUUUUACCACGUGGAAAAAUAACAAUGAAAAUGACAGCUCAGCGAUAA